CUAAGUACAUAUGACCUUAGACAUCUUAGGUCGGUGCGCACUGUACUGGCGGAAUGAUAAGCCCCAUGGAGCCGUUCGGAUAGUCCUCGAACACGGAGCGAAGCGUGCUCAGUGAAACACAAGUCGACGAAAGUGACGAAAGUGAAGUAAUCCAAGCACGGAUGCUUGCAACUUGAUCGCGAAUCCUCGAGAAUUUCCGCGUCAAAAAUUUUAAUUAACAAAAAAUUUCGUGCGACUUUGUAAUAAAAUCGCUCCGAAUAAUUUGCUUGCUUUUUUCUUUUAAUUAUACAUAAAGUUGCUGACUUUCUAGGAUCAUAAAUCAUUGAAGAAAAGAUCGUCGUAUAUCUUAAUAUCUUCAGAAGAGAAGGUCGGUUCUCUCUUCGAUCAUGGAGUCUAGGAUGGAAACCAUGAACAACGUUAAGACUUCUGAAGAAAUGAAUACCGGCAUCGCGAACGGUUUUCACGAGAAAGUGGCUAACGAAUAUGCGUCCGCGGACGAUUUACUUGAAACGAUCACCGAUGAAUUGCGAAAAAGUAUGCAGGAAAUGAAGGAAAACGUUUUGGAACAAGUUAACGAUCGCCUUAACGACAUGAUAGCUGAGAUUUUGCUGGAAUUCAAGACAUCUCUAACGAAGAGAGACCUAUCGUCUAGCAUGGACAUAUAUCGCGACAAAAGACAAUCCGGCAAGAAAGAUAAACUUCCGGACAAGGAAUUUCUUCCGAGGAACUCUAUAUUCACCAAUCUCUUCAAGAUCAAGCAUAUUCGUACGGUUUAUAAUGUAUUUAUGGUGAUUCUCAUACUGCUCUGCCUCAAUACCAUUUGGUCUGAUAUCAUAGAAUCGGGAACGUUGAUGCUUGGUACUGAAACAAUACGGAAAGCUUUCGCGAAAUUUCCAGCCUGUCUCUGCAUUUGGUCGCUCAUGCAAAUCUCAACACUCGGUGUCUAUGUGCCUUUCAAUCUCUGGUCCAAUCAACGACUUCAGUUUUCACCAAAAUCGCUCGUCCAAAAAUUAUGGGAUUAUGGCUGGCUGACAACUUUUAUAUUAUAUCAAGUUCUCUUCCUAUUUUUUUCUACCAGGGCGAUGCUUAACGAGAAUCUAGGCAUAGCUAGCAGCUUAAUUAUACUUUUGGAACAAAUGCGUCUGACGAUGAAGAGUUAUGCUUUCAUUAGAAGCGUAGCUCCCAGGUUCAUAUCAUACAAACCUCAUAGCGAUGUUUCGCAACCGAGCGGCCCCGGAUUCUCGCAAUACUUGUACUUCCUAUUCGCGCCGACUCUCGUAUAUCGCGAUAAGUACCCAAGAACGGAUAAAAUCAGAUGGAUGAUGGUGAUGAAAAAUCUCGUGGAAGUGGUCUUGAUAAUCUUUUUUCUCGCCCUCAUCAUGGAGCGCUUCGUGAUACCGGUCUUUAAUAUCUUCGGUACGCAAAAUAUAGAACCAAAGUGGAUCAUCAAGACUAUGAUUGACGCUAGUGUUCCUGGGAUCCUUUUCUUCAUCUCUGGAAACUAUCUUCUACUGCACGCGUGGUUGAACGCCUGGGCGGAGAUGCUGCGAUUCGCCGACCGAUUGUUUUAUGAGGAUUGGUGGAAUUCCACAUCCAUGCGUAUGUUUCAUCGUACGUGGAACGUGGUGGUCCACGAUUGGCUUUACAUGUACAUCUACAAGGACAUGUACGAGAUUGUAGUACCGCACAAUAAACCGUUGGCGACGUUCACAGUGUUCUUCGUGUCCUCCAUCUGUCACGAUUACGUCUUUACAUUCGCGUUUCGCUUCUUCUACCCGCUGAUGUUAAUUGUAUUCGGCGGCAGUGGCUUUAUUUUCUUCUCCAACAUCAGCAACAUCAUCAUGUGGUUGACUUUGUGUAUCUGUAACAGCAUCCUGGUCAGCCUGUACGCGAUAGAGUAUUAUGCCCGUUACAAUUGUUCACCCUAUUCCGAUUACUAUGCGGAUUUGCUCUUACCACGAAGCUGGAACUGUCAGAGACAACUCGCCCUGUAGAAUGUUUAUUUUCCAUGAAUCUUUUCAUAGCAUAGUUUAUUUACCGUUUCAGAGAAACUAUUAACAGAGAGUUAAUCUUAAAGUAUAAAGUAACGAAGAUGCUCUUUUCUAUUAUUGUAAAUAUGUUAAUAUGGUAAUUGAUUAUUAUGCAUAAUUACCGGCAAAUAUAUAU